AAAAAAGAAAAGAAAAGAAAAGAAAAAUGAAUGAAUGAAGUGGAAGGUAUUCUGCGGGGCGAAAGAAGCAAAAUCAGAAGCAUUAAACAUUCUAACAAAAGGUUAGUUAAACUGAACUCCCGCAAAUUUUCCACUUUCCCAAAUUCCAAAGGAAGUUAAGCAAAAUUUUCUCGGAGGAGAGAGACAGAGAGAAAAAUGCUGGAAAGUUGAGCUAGGGCUUUGCUUUGCUUGCACCGAUCCAUUUUCUGUAGCUCCCGAUCCGUACGUCCCCAGACAAAGCAAUAAAUGCUUUAGAUCCGGCUGUCUGUUACAACAUUCGUCGCAUUGUAAUUGACAUUCGGAGUCAUUUCUGGUUUAUCUUCGAGCUUGGGAUCUCAGUGGCUCUCCAGUGAGCUUCUUUCAUGGUGAUUGAGAGUUUGAAGCCGCCGGCUUUGACUUGAUUGGAUAUGGACGUCGGUUGGGCCUCUGCGUUUCGAGUGGUACAGUUGCUUCAGUUGUUAUGCUAAUUUAUGAAAUGUUAAUAAACAAGGGUUUGAUGUUGAGUUGACUUGGACGUACCAGCUAUUGUUCCUAUGGGUAUUGGGUCGCUUGCACUGGGAAAUUAAAUAAUUCUGUAAUUUUUCCCCCUUUGAGGACGGCGAAUCAGAAGACGCCUUUGGUGUUUUGGGUGAAAGCGAUUGGGGGCUUUAAUUAUUUACUGGAUAUACAUUGUGGAUUAAUCUGGGGCUUUAAUUAUUUACUGGAUAUACAUUGUGGAUUAAUCUUUCAAGUUUGGUUCUUUUUUUUUGGGGGGGGAGGGGGGAGAAAGUGAUUGAGAGGCUUAUGCUAUCUGGGGUAUUCAUUAUGGAGAAUUAUUACAUCUACAAGGGUUGUUUGAUUGUGGGUUUUGUGGAGAGAUUGGUUUGGAGAUUUUGAGACUCUAGCUUUUGGUAGCUGAGAUGCCUCCUUCUCCGGCAUUGAGGUAUUCUCCCGGGAGGGAAUCCAGAGCCAACAACCAUAAGCGAGGGCAUAGUUUCGAAGGCGGAUUGAUCUUCAGAGAGAAAGAUGAUGAUCUCGCUUUGUUCAAUGAGAUGCAGACCCGGGAAAGAGAGAGUUUUUUGCUUCAGUCUUCAGAUGACCUGGAAGCUACAUUUUCUACGAAAUUGAGGCACUUUUCAGAUAUCAAGCUUGGAAUCUCUAUUCCGGCACGAGGGGAGAGUAGUGACCUGCUCAAUGCAGAUGGGGAUAAAAAUGACUACGACUGGUUGCUAACACCCCCUGACACUCCACUUUUUCCUUCACUGGAUGAUGAGCCACCUCAACUUAGUUCCGGUCGAAGGGGAAGACCUCGUAGCCAACCUAUUUCUAUAUCAAGAUCAUCAACAAUGGAGAAGAGUUAUAGAAGCAGUAGGGGUAGUGCAAGUCCAAAUCGUUUAAGCCCUUCUCCUCGUUCUGGAAGUGGCUCUUUUCAAUCAAGGGGAAGACCAUCAUCUACCCGUCAAUCCAGCCCAUCUCCUAGUAUACGAUCUGCGACUCCAACACGAAGACCAUCUACUCCUCCGAGUAAACCUUCAACACCUGUCCCAAGGUCUUCUACCCCAACUCCCCGAAGAGUGAGCACUGGGUCUGUUGGCUCUGCAGCCUCAUCAGGGGCAAGGGGAAUAUCCCCUGCAAAGACAAGUCGGGGAAACUCUGCUUCACCAAAAAUACGAGCGUGGCAAACCAAUAUUCCAGGAUUCUCCUCUGAAGCACCUCCAAACCUCCGUACUUCUCUUGCUGAUCGACCUGCAACUUAUGUUAGGGGUUCCUCACCUGCAACCAGAAAUGGAAGUGAUGCUUCCUCCAAGUUCAGAAGGCAAUCGACAUCACCGACUGCGACUAGAAGUGUCAGCUCAUCUCAUAGUCAUGAUCGAGAUCCAUUUAGCUCUCACAGCAAAGGUUCUGUAGCUUCUUCGGGUGAUGAUGAUGUAGACUCGAUACACUCCAUGCAUGUGGGUAGUUUAGAUCGACCAACAACAAGAAGACUUGCUGCUUUCUCAAAUAAUAGAGCUCCUGCCCUUUCCAAAAAAUCAACCAGAGCAGCAUCUCCAUCUUCUGCUCCGAAAAGAUCAUUUGAUUAUUCUGCCCUUCGACAAAUGGAUAAUCGGAAAAGUCCUCCAAAUAUGUUUAGACCACUUUUAUCUAGUGUCCCUAGCACUACCUUUUACGUUGGAAAAGCAAGUUCUGUACAGCGUUCACUGAUCUCUAGAAAUUCAUCCGUCACAACUAGCAGCAAUACAAGUUCUGAUCAAGGUAUGAGUGCUGCCCUUGAUACUGAAGGCAGUGAUCACAACCAGGAUGAUGCUGCGACUGAGUUUGAAAAAAGACAAUAUUCUGAUGUUCAUGAGGAAAUAUUUUCCUUCGAUAAGUUGGAUGUUGUAGAUGAAGCUAAUGGCAAUGAACUCCACGAUGGAUCUACUGAAAUGGAUAACAUUGGCUUCAGUACAAGCCCUAAAGUUGAAUUUGGUCUUGUUGAACCUGGAGAUUCCCGUCACCAUGGUACUGUCACAGAAGUGGGUCCAAGCUCUGAAGCUUCUCUUGCUAAUGAUGAUCUUUCAGAAGUUGAUAGUCUUGAAAUUAUGGCAGUUUGUUCUAGAUGUGGUUGCAGAUAUCAUGCCUCUGAGCAAGAGGAAAGGGACACUAGGCUCUGUCCAGAAUGCAAUAUGAAAGAUAAACAAUUGAGGGUAACCACUCUGGAGACGGCUACAGCUGCUGACACCUCUCCCACUCCGGAGAUGGCCAGAGUUACGGACACCUCUCCAGCAUUGUCUACAAACGUUUCACAAGAAGAAACACCUUCUGGUGAUUUGGCUUAUGGGAUGGCUGUACCUGUAUUGCAGCAAGUUACUGAUGUGAGUGAGCCAAAGAGUUCUCGGGACAUGGAGAAUGCUGAGGAAGGCAAAACUUCUUAUCGUCAGGAAAGCCAUAAUUACUUACAAGAAAAUUCUCUUGCAAGGUCAGAGGUAGAGAGGGGUGAGGGUAUGCUUGGCACACAGCAAGAGGAAGGCCAUUCAGCUGUUGGUCAUGGUCCGCCCAAUGAUGAUGGGGGUCAAAAAUCGCAUCACUCCACUGACUAUCCAAAUUUGAAGGUUGAUAUAUCUGAGGGAGCAGGAAUUUCUGUUUUGCUGAAGAGGACAAGCAGUAGCAAGGGUCCUGUUGUUCGAGGCAUGACUUUUUCAGCUGCUAGCAUACCUUAUGAUGAUCUCUCGUAUGCUAAAGAUAGUACAAGCAGCAUGAGAAGCUCCUUUGGACAUGGUAGCUUCUCAGCGUCAUCCUCUGUUGAUUUCAGUGCUAGACAAACGGAUGGCCGGGUGCAAAGGCAAUUGAGUGGUAAAAAAUCAGACAUGGAGUACUGCAGAAAUGAAAAAAGCACAAAAUCUCAGAACGUUGGCUCAUCAUCAUUCUCUGGGAUUGCAUACCUGUCUCACCAAGCAAAACCUCCUUCAACAAGCACAAAUGAAGAUAAUUUGCAGGUUUCGAUUGGCACUGUGGAAUAUGAUGCUGCACGGGACACAUUUGCAACAUCUCAAGACCAUUUGCUAGCCUCACCACAGACUGAAGCAGAUGUUACUGAUACAUCUUCCACGAGAACAUUUCUUGUGGAGGAAGAUCUCAGAAGCAUAACAGUUGAUACAUCUACUUCAGAACUGCGGCCUGUAUUUGAUAGCGGGUUUGUGGAUAACUUGGUAGAAUCACAUUCAAAUAACGAUAGCCAUGCUUUACAUGAUGUAGAGUUUUCAAAAGAUGCAACUAAUGUGACAGAAAUAGAAGCACUGGAUACAAUUCCUCACAGUGGUCUGCGGGAUGGUGAAGAGCUUGCAACUCAUAGCUCCAUAAUUACAACUUCAGAAAUAGAAAAUGAAAAGCAUACGCCUGGUUCACAGAGUGAUAAUGUCUCGCUUGCAUCAAAGAGCACCAGAGAGGAAUUUCUUGAGGCUUCACCUCUUGCGCCUUCUGAUAAGGAAAUGAUAACUUCUGCCUCAGAUCAGGCGCAUGACAUCCUGGAAGAAGAAUCAGCGAUAAUGGUAGAAUGUCAAAAGGGAAGCAAGGCUAGAAGCUUAACACUUGAAGAGGCGACAGAUACAAUUCUUUUCUGCAGCUCUAUUGUCCAGGAUCUGGCCUAUCAGGCUGCAACCAUAGCAAUUGAACAGGAGAGCUCAGAACCAUUAGAAGGUUUCCGACCAACCAUUACAAUAUUGGGAAGAUCCAAUUAUGAUAAGAAGGAUCCACCACGCGGCAGAACCGUUGGCAAUCGCUCUUCAAAAUCCCAAAAGACAAGGAAAAAGCGGAUGGAGACAGAUGCCAAAACUCCGACCACAAAUGAGAAUGAUGAGAAUGCUGUCGAACCGUUGAAACGCAACGUUGAGCCGCCUAACAAGGUAGACAGUUUGAAGCCCCCAAAGCUGGAAUCAAAGUGCAACUGCACUAUCAUGUAAAGUUCAACUGGUGCUCACCAUGCACCUCUGCCAACCCCAUCAGCAUAUAUCUAGCAGACGGAGCCGGGUCCUUGAAUUUUUUUGGCUUUAUGGUUGAAGCGCUGUUUGCAUAUUGUCGAUUGUUUCCGUUGGUUCCCAUUUAUUUGUAAGAAAUGCCACGUUCUAUUGGCGACGAAAUUGUAAAGCUUCUUUUUUUUUUUUUUUUUUUUUUUUUUUUUU